AUGACUGGACUUCCUCCAAAUUGGACUAUAAGGAUCUCAAAGACUCAUGACCAUGAGUAUUUCUUCAACAAGGAGACGCAAGAAUCCCAGUGGGAUGCACCCGAGGGGACCGAUACGGAAAAGCUAGACGAGUAUCUCUCGAAGAAUUUACACCGUCCUUCAAAAGUCAGAGUUAGACAUCUUCUCAUCAAACAUAAAGAUUCUAGGAAACCAAGUUCGUGGAAGGAGGAGAACAUUACUAGAACCAAGGAAAGCGCAAUAGAGAAGUUGCAGUCAUAUAAGGACGAAAUCGAAAGAGGAGACGCUACACUUGAGCAGUUGGCUCUAGAUAAUUCGGAUUGUAGUUCUCACAGUAAAGGUGGCGAUUUAGGUUAUUUUGGACAUGGUGAAAUGCAGCCUUCCUUUGAGAAGGCUGCCUUUCAAUUGCAAGUCGGCGAGCUCAGUAAUGUCGUUGAAUCCGACUCUGGUGUCCAUUUGAUUGAGAGAAUCGGUUAG